AUGUACUGCGCAGAUUGGGUGCUCCUUUCACCCUCUCCCCAGCUUUCGGGUAGCCUCGAAUUCACCGUCGGACGUCCUCCGCCUUUUCCGCCCAAUUGCCGCGACGAAACCGGAGCCAUUCCGCCCGGCCUGCUAUCUUCGAGGAUACCAUACGUGGGCGUCGCCCUGUCUACGAGCGCAGGUACUCUGAAUCACCUUCACUCGUUGAACGACACGGCCAUCGACCGAGACGAACGGUUCGCUGACCCCGAGGAGGCGCGCCGUGGAGAGUACCCAGAGGAGAGGGUGCGAGAGGAGUCCCGCGCGACGCCGGACGACCUCAACUGGAUACGCCGCAGCAAGACGCUGAAGCUGAACCCAGCUAAGUGCGCGCUCCUGGUUGAGCAGCUCCGCAGGAACACUGAAACAGCACAGGACAUAGGUUACAUUCUCGUGGACAUCCGCGGCUUUCGGUGCACUAAUGGGGACAACGUCUGGAGUAACGCCACAAAGCUCGUCUCGCCGGACCUACCGCGCCUCGGAAGCGCGACGCUGCGCUUAUCCAAGGAAGACAUCACCGUCUAG